AUGUAUAGAGACCACCGUAAUGCCCGUGUGCGGAGGCCCCUCCAUCGGCCAGCUGGCGUCAGAGCCGGUCUGCGCAGCCCGCCAGGGCCCGCCCCCGCUCCCGUCCCCGCCCCGCUGCUCCUCCUCUACCCCCUCCCAGCACCUCCCGCCGAGAUCUUGGCGGGAAGACGCCCGCUGCUAAGCCGCGAAAAGAUGGGGUCGCGCUCAGCCAGCGAAGAAAAGGCGGGCUCCAGACAGCGACUCCAGGUGAAGGUGAAUGAAUAUAAAGAAAACCAAAACAUCACUUGUGUAUCUCUGAGACCAGUACAGACUACAGUUUUAGGAAAAACACCUAAGGUGUAUCUUGUCCCGUUUUCACUCAGUAAUUAUAAGUCAGACCAAUUUAAGCACCCCAAAUCCCUAUUGAAUAAGAAUUCUAACAAUGAAUUUGUAUGUAAGAAAUGUAAGAAGACUGAAAUAAGGAAAACUUGCAGGAGGAUUUUAACUCCAAAGAUGGAAGCCACAUCCUCCAAGACAGAAUCCACCUUGCAAAAAUCAUCCUUAGAUGUUUGUACUGAAAGUAACAAGCGACAACACAAGAGCACUUCAGAUACAGUGAUUCCCAGUGUUGAUAUGGAAAGCAUUCAGAAUCUAGACAGUGAUGAAGAUACCACACUAGGCCUGGAUGAAUUUUCAGGAUUGUCACCGUAUGAAAGGAAGAGACUGAAGAACAUAUCAGAAAAUGCAAACUUUUUUGCUUCUCUUCAGUUGUCUGCGUCAGCUGCAAGGCUCCGUGAAAUGAUAAAAAAGAGACAGCCUCCUGAAUCCAAAAGAAAAAUGCCUAAGAAGAGAGAAAAUGGGACUGGAUGUAGAAGGUCAAUGAGAUUACUAAAAGUAGAUCCUUCAGGAGUGUCAUUACCAGCAACCCCAGCCCAGCCGACAUUAAUAGCAGAUGAAAAUCCUUUGUUACCUCCUGGGCCUUUAGAAAUGACUCCUGAAAAUCGAGAUGAUGACAACGACCUGUUUAAAGGAUUCCUACAGACUUGGGCAGAAGUGAGCAAGACAAGUAUUAAGAAUACUGAGAAGGAGUUAUCUAGCAUUAAAAACUAUAAAGCCAAUUUAAAUGGCAUGGUCAUUAAUGAAGAUACUGUUCAUAAAGUUACCAAAGGCCCAAUACUCUCUGUGGCUCUCCACCCAUCAGAAAUUAGAACUUUGGUGGCAGCUGGGGCCAAAUCUGGGCAAGUUGGACUUUGGGAUUUGCAACUGCAUAUCAGCUUAUUAAAACAGACUCACCAAUCUGAAGAAGAUGGAAUUUAUGUUUUUCAACCCCACAGUCAGCCAGUUAGCUGUCUUUACUUCUCACCUGCCAAUCCGGCUCACAUACUCUCACUGAGCUAUGAUGGCACAUUACGCUGUGGGGAUUUUUCAAGGGCUAUUUUUGAAGAGGUAUGUAGAGAUGAAAGAAGUAGCUUUUCAUCCUUUGACUUCUUGGGAGAAGAUGCUUCCACUUUAAUAGUAGGACACUGGAAUGGAAAUAUAUCGCUGGUGGAUAGACGGACACCUGGAACUUCUUAUGAGAAGCUUAUCAAUUCUUCUCUGAGAAAAAUAAGAACUGUUCAUGUCCACCCAGUGCAUAGACAGUAUUUUAUCACUGCAGGAUUGAGGGAUACUCAUAUUUAUGAUGCAAGGCACCUGAAUCCCAGGGGAAGCCAGCCUUUGAUUUCUUUGACUGAACACACAAAGAGCAUCGCUUCUGCAUAUUUUUCACCUCUUACUGGUAACAGAGUAGUGACCACAUGUGCUGAUUGUAAGCUGAGAAUCUUUGACAGCAGCUGUAUAUCCUCUCAGAUUCCUCUGCUCACUACCAUCAGGCACAACACCAUCACUGGGCGGUGGCUGACCAGGUUCCAGGCUGUGUGGGACCCUAAACAAGAAGACUGUGUCAUAGUUGGCAGCAUGGCUCAUCCACGACGGGUGGAAAUCUUCCAUGAGACAGGAAAGCAGGUGCAUUCUUUUUUUGGUGGAGAAUGCCUUGUCUCUGUGUGUUCCAUCAAUGCUAUGCACCCAACUCGGUAUAUUUUGGCUGGAGGCAAUUCCAGUGGGAAGAUACAUGUUUUUAUGAAUUAA